UCCGGUCACGUGAUCGGGUGUCGGGCGUAGAGUGGAGUCGCCGGUUAUAUGAAUGGUGAACGGCUUAGGUAGCGUAGCUCUAGCAUCCUAAAGAGAGACUCUCUAGUGGGUAUGCAGGACACUCGCAUGCAGACAGAAGUUCUCCUUUUGUCUUUUCAACAUUUCCGAACAAUCAGGUUCAAUUGGACCCAAUGGCUGAUAAUUUAAUGAAAUGGAUUGCCGCCCUGUUAAAUGUCUUAUGGUGUCUUAUCACUUUGGAUUUGGCUUCUCGAGCUGCAAAGCUUCAUAGAGCUCCUGCCAUUGGUAUCCUCCUCACUGCCUUUUCUUCUGUAUUCCGUUCAGUGACAUCUCUUGUGCCACUGCCUGGCAGCUCACAACUGCAAGACAUUCAAGACGACUUGUUUUGGACCAGCUGCUUGUUUGCACCUGCUCUAGUUUCAUUUGGGUUUCUUUGGCUAAGUGAAGAUCGGACCACUGGAAACACACUGCUCUGUGGGUCUUUGCUUGCUGCCUCAUUGUCUGAUUGGUUUUCAGAAUACAGUCGUGUCCUUAUUGGACGUUUUAUGAUCAUAAGUUCACUAAGUUGCUCUUUGACAGUUUGUGCUUUUACUGGUAAUGUCAAAGGACUCUUUGGAAAUCUUGUUUUGAACUUGGCCUAUCUCUCUUUUCCUACUGUCAGAGAGCAGUCAUUGAUACCAUGGGUAACAAGAGAUUUUGCAGAGACAGUCUUGAACAUGUGGAUGUUUUUUGGUAUUGUAAUCACUCAGCAGGCACUACAUGGAUUUAAAAGGGAGGGUGAUGACUGGGAUUAAACUGAGUGCUUACACUAUACCUUACCUUUCUCAAGCCCAGUUAAUCUAGUUCAGGGUUGCAGCAAGAAAACGCACUCUACAUGUAAAGAACUCGACAACGGCAACAACCUGGUGUGUGGUUCAAACCAAAGACUACUGUGCUGCACUAUGUUAAAUUAUGUUGUCAAGAAUUACCUGUUCUAGACUGUACCUGAUAAACACAGCCAGUACUGUGCCACAUUUUGUUUUAAUAUAAACCCUUUAUUAGUAGAGGGCUUUCAUGAGUAUCUACAACUUACGAAAAACAUGUUAUGCUGUUAAAAAAACAAAAAUGUCUAGCAGUCUGGAAUUUAUAACUAUCAUAUAACCUUUAUAUUGUGACAAGUCAGAUAACACAGGAAACAAAUGCAAAGUUACUGUAUAUAGUUGUUUAGUCCUAUUCAGCAGUCAGAUUUAAUUAACAGCCGUACUCUUUUUAAGUAAUUACACUGAUAGUGUUUGACACAGAAACAUCUGAACAGCGAAAUAAGUAUAUCAAGAUACUCCAAUAGAUUUCCUUAAGUUUUGUUAUCACAUACUCAAAAACCUGAAUGGAAAUCAUGGGGAACUGCACCAAAGUUGAUGGCUAAAGAUUGGGAUGUAGCAAACUAAAUGUGUUUGAAGCUGGGACUGUGUCUUUGUAAAUUUUCAAGAGUUUUUCAUUGAAUCACUAAUGGCAGACAAAACAUGCUUUCUGGAUUACUCUAGCUCACAUCAAAAUCAUAGUUUUCUAUCCAUUUUUAAAUAUGGGAUUGCUACUUUGGUAAGUAAGAACAUGAAUUCUGGUCGGCAUUACUCACCAUGUGUAGAACUACAGAUAUCUUUUUAAAGUUUUAAAAUAUUUAAUUGACUACAUCUCUCUACAAGCAUCACCAGUGCUUUGUAAUAUAUGCAAGGCAAAACUGCAGGAAUGCAGUUACAAAACAUUGUGAUAAACUUCAAGAUUUACGAUUUAGUACAAGUAAUAUGUGAUCCAACACUUUCAAACCCAUUUAAUCCAACUUGUGGUGAUAAGAACUUGAUCCUAUCCCAUGGUGCCAGCCUACUGCAGGGCUCACUCACUCACUCACUCACUCACUCAUUCACUCAUUCUCCCUUUCUCUUACACACAUAAACACACAUCCACAAGGGGUCAAUUAAUCUAACUUGCACAUCUUUAGGGAUGUAGGAAGAAAAAAAUCACAGCUGUUUAAAAAUCACAAAAACAACACGGACAGUGAACAGGCUUGACGUUCAAAUUCGGGGCACUGGAUCAACAAAGUGGCAGUGGUCCAUCACCAUGCUAACUCUUAAUUUGUGACCAGUAUUUGUGUCUUAAAAAGCUAACCCUGUACUUUUCUUAAUUUGACCUGCCAUUUAGUAUGUAAUAUUGUACAUUGUAAGGGGUACUUGGUUCUUGGUCUAUACAAAACAAUAAAAAUGGAAAAUAAAUAGGAUAACUGCAGUCAUAAAAUAUAACCAACCACAGAAUAUAAAAAACAAUCCAGUAUACAAGUAAAACAGCAUUCGACAGUCCUAGUUUUAAUAAAACAUUCAGACAAUUAGAAUGGCUCACCUGUUUUUGACACAAGUCAUACAGUGGUAAAAUCUGUUCUGCACCUCCUGGUCUGGCUUCUGAUGUUGCAGGACAGUCUGAUGAACCAGAGGAGGGAGAAACGUAUGAAGGAGUAUAGGGUAAAUGAUUUUAUGAGGAAAUUAAGAAAAAAUAUCCUUUGAUCCAUCCCACAAAACACAAACCCCAACAGAUGUUACAACUUCUUGGAUGCCUUUUUUGUUAAUGUGUUACAAGAAAUCCUCUUAAAAAUAUUCAAAUAUUAUACAUAAAAAGUUUGCUCUUCAAAUAGCAUCAGGUCUACAAGAACAUGAAAAAAACAAAUCUUCUUAAUAACAGAAUUUAACAAUGAUGGCUUUAGAAAAAACAUACUAUUUACAGAAAUGUAUGUAAUUUAUUGACCAUGGAAAUAUUUACCUUUUUAAAUUUCAGCUUGUCUUGCAUUU